CAUAAACUUUGGAAAGUUAGGAAGUUAUGGCGGUGGCAAGUGGACGGAGGAAUGUUGGAUUUUUACAUAAUUUAGUUAAUUCUGUGCACUUACUUUCAAAAAUGAAUCAAUUAGGAUUUGUAGUUUUAAUUUUCCAUCUACCUCACUUCAGUUUAGGUGCUGAAAAUUCGUGUUAUGACUCGAGGGGUAGAGCACAAAAAUGUACGCCAGAAUUUGUAAACGCUGCCUUUAAUCUCACUGUAGAAGCAACUAAUACAUGCGGAUUAACUGGUCCGCAAGAGUUCUGCUUGCAGACAGGAGUUACAGGCGUGAGAAAAUCAUGUGGUCACAUUUGUGAUGCAGGAUCUCCGUCCCAAAUGCACCCACCGUUCUAUAUGACAGAUUUUAACAAUCAAAACAACUGGACUUGGUGGCAGAGCGAAACUAUGCUAGAGAGAAGAGGAGACUGGCUAAACACUCGUCAGCAGCAUGUAAAUCUUACACUUAGUUUAGGUAAAGCAUUUGAUGUUACAUACAUUCGUCUUAGAUUUCAUUCACCAAGACCUGAAAGUUUUGCCAUCUAUAAACGAACAUCUGUGGAAGAUGAGUGGAUACCAUAUCAGUACUACAGUGCCUCGUGUAGUCGUACAUACAAUUUGCCUUUUGGCAGUUACGUCUCACGACAAAACCAAGACGUAGCAACUUGUUCAGACGAGUACAGUGACAUUUCUCCACUGACUGGAGGGGAGGUGCCAUUUUCAACCCUUGAAGGGAGACCUGAUGCAGAAAACUUUGAGAACAGUAAAAUAUUACAGGAAUGGGUAACAGCUACAGAUAUCAGAAUUGUGUUGACACGUAUGAACACAUUUGGUGAUGAGAUCUUUGGAGAUCCCCGUGUUUUGAGAUCAUACUUCUAUGCUGUUGAUGACUUGGCAGUCGGUGCAAGAUGUAAAUGUAAUGGUCACGCCAGUCGCUGUGAAAUAGCACCAAACCGAGAUCUUAUAUGCGAGUGCGAGCACAACACUACAGGACCUGACUGUAAUAUAUGUAAACCUUUCUACAAUGACAGACCAUGGGCCAGAGCUAAUGAAGAUGAUGCCAUGGAGUGCAGGGCAUGUGACUGUAAUGGAAUGAGUGACGAGUGUUAUUUUGAUGAGGAUCUGUACAGAGAGACAGGACACGGUGGUCACUGUACAAACUGUCAUGAUAACCGUGGUGGUAUUCAUUGUGAGGAGUGCCUGCCCAACCACUAUGUUGAGCAGAGAACUAACAGGUGCACAGCUUGUAACUGUGAUCCUACAGGUUCAGAAGAACUGCAGUGUGAUGACCAGGGUCAGUGUCUAUGUAAGCCAGGUGUUACCGGUCAGAGAUGUGACCGUUGUGAAGAUAAUUAUUAUGACUUCGGUAUCUAUGGAUGCAGGCCAUGUGGUUGUGUGAUGGAAGGAAGUCUCGACAACCAGCCAAGAUGUGACUCUGAUACUGGAUCAUGUCUCUGUAAAGAAUUUGUGGAAGGACAGAACUGUGAUAGAUGUAAGCCAGGAUAUUUUGGUUUAGAGAUGGAUAAUCCCUAUGGUUGUAUAUCGUGUUUCUGUUAUGGACAUUCCUCAAUUUGUUCCAAUGCCACUGGUUACUUCCCUAGAACUAUACAUACUGACUUCGAAACUGGAAAGCAAGGAUGGACUGGAGUGGACAGAGGUAACGACAUGAUAGACACACAGUAUAAUGGUAUACUACAGAACCUAGGUAUAUCUGCACCGGAUAACAAUGAUAUGGUCUACUUCACUGCUCCAGCGAGGUAUUUGGGUGACCAGAGAUUUAGUUACAACCAGUUGUUGACCUACAAACUCAGAAUAGGUGAGGAAGGUGGUGCUACACCUUCUAUAAUUGACAUCAUUAUUGAAGGGGCAGGGCAGAGAAUCUCGGCACCAUUUUAUUCUCAGGGCAACCCCACACCAGGGUUAGAGUCCGCCGAGUACAAGUUCCGGCUGAACGAGCAUCCAGACUACCGUUGGUACCCACAACUGAAGUCAGAACCUUUCCUUACAAUCCUGGCAAAUAUUACAGCUAUCAAGAUCAGAGCAACAUACAGCGCUGGAGGGGUAGGAUUCAUAGAUGACAUUCAUCUUGAAACUGCUAGACGAGGGUUUAAUGGUGAGGAAGAGGCAUCCUGGGUAGAAUCUUGUACCUGCCCUGAAGGUUACGUUGGUCAGUUCUGUGAGUCAUGUGCUCCAGGAUUCAAGCGUGAUCCUCCAAAUGGUGGACCAUUUGCUUCAUGUGUACCUUGCGAAUGUAAUGGGCAUUCUGACCAGUGUGAUGCUGAAAGUGGUCGGUGUAUCUGUAAUGACAACACUAUUGGAGAUUACUGUGAACGUUGCUCUGUUGGUUUCUAUGGUGAUGCCAGGGCGGGUACACCAGAGGAUUGUCAACCAUGCCCAUGCCCAGGCCAGGGUCCCUGUGUGCAGCUACAGGGUGGUGAGAUUGUCUGUACAGCCUGUGAGGAGGGAUAUGGAGGUAACUUGUGUGAUAUAUGCCUGGAUGGAUUCUAUGGAGACCCUAAAGGUUGGUAUGGUGAAGAGAGACCAUGUGCAAGGUGUGACUGUAAUGGUAACAUUGACACUAAUGCUGUUGGAAAUUGUAACAGGACUACUGGAGAAUGUAGGAAGUGUAUAUAUAGCACAGCAGGAUUCUACUGUGAUAAAUGUCUCCCUAAUUACUACGGUGAUGCUUUAGCUGACGAGAAAGGAGAUUGUCAAGCAUGUAACUGUUAUCCUCCUGGAACACUGACUGCAGGUGUAAUCUCCUGUAACCCGUCAACAGGAGACUGUCCUUGUCAACCUAAUGUGAGAGGACGACAAUGUAAUGAGUGUGAGGUCGGAUACUGGAACCUUGACAGCGGACAGGGCUGUGAGGCAUGUAUGUGUGACCGUGAAGGCUCCCUCAAUGAUACCUGUGAUCUCUAUACUGGACAGUGUGAAUGUAAACCUGGAGUAACAGGCAGAAAGUGUGACCAGUGUCAGAGAUUCUACUUCGGAUUCUCUGUGGUUGGAUGUACAGCAUGUAAUUGUGACCCUGAGGGAUCAUUAGACAUGCAGUGUGACCAGUAUGGUAACUGUCCUUGUGUACAAGGUGUGGAGGGUAAACGUUGUGACAGAUGUAUGGAAAACAAAUACAACAUCACUGCUGGAUGUAUAGAUUGUCCACCCUGCUAUAGCCUGGUUCAGGAGAGAGUGAACAUCCAUCGUGGAAAGUUAAGAGAACUUAACAAUCUUAUAUUGAACAUUGGCAAUGAUCCUACAGCAUUUAAUGAUACACAGUUCCUUACACAGCUUACCAGGGUUAAUGACUCCGUUAAUGUCCUGUUGGAUGAGGCUAGAGGGGCUACAAGUGAUAAUGGUACAAUGGGUCAGCAACUCCAGAUGCUUCAAGACCAUAUUCUAGAUGUAUUGAGCAGGUGUGGCCAGAUCACAAGAAAUAUCCUAACUGCAGGACAGACAGCCCAAAGCAGCAAUGAUGAUAUAAUGAAGGCAGAAGAAGCCAUCUCUAGGGCAGAGACAGCUCUGAAGGCAGCAGAGAAUUACAUUGAUACAGAAGGUCAAGCAGCGUUACAACGAGCUAAAGAUGCUCUCAAAAACUUUGGUCAGCAGUCAGCACAGAUGACAGAAAUAGCUACAGAAUCUAAAGAGCUGUCAAUGAGGCAAUUGGAAGAAGCCAAGAGGAUUGAGAUGAUGUCAAAGAAAGCCCUAGAGACAUCUAAUGAGGCACUGAGACUGGCCAUAGAGACAUUGCAGAUGCCACAAAACAUUCAGCAAGAUAUACGUGACCUCAGAAUCAGAAGAGAAGAUGCUGAGCGCAAAUAUGGACAGACAAAGUUCUUUGCAGAGAAGGCAUUGAACAUGUCAAUGGAAGCAUACAAGGAGGCACUUGACCUCUACUCACAGGCCACCUCGUUACAGUUACCAGGUAUCAAUGUCAACCAACUCAUUGAGGAAUCUAACAGGAUCAAAGAAGAGGCUGCUGAAAUUAAGCGAGAUGCAAUGGAACUGAUCGCAAAGAACAAGGAUUUGUUGGACGAGGUAGCUGAGCAAAGACAGACUGCCCAGGAUUUACUUGAUAGUGGAAUAAAACACCAGCAGAGAGCUGAUGGGUUACUAGCAGAUGUAGAUAGUGCAAGAGCAAAGGCGAGAAAGGCUGUGGAAAUGGGAGAAAGAACACUGAAAGAAGCAAACGAGACUUUACAGACAUUGCUUGGAUUUAACCAGGUAGUACAGGAUAGCCGAGGUAAAGCUGAAGAGGCCCUGAAGGAGGUUCCAGAGAUUGAAGCCCUCAUACAAGAGGCAGAGAAUCGAACCCAGGUGGCUCGUGAUGCUCUCAGCGGUGCAGAGAGUGACGCCAAUGAUGCACUUAGCACAGCAGAGGAAGCAGAACGUGUUGCUCAAGGAGCAUCUGAUGAGGCAAGCAGGAUCCGCCAAGAGGCAGGCAGAACCAAACAGAAAGCAGCUGAUCUGAAAGACAAUGCUGAUCUUCUAGCUAAAGAUGUGGAAGACUCUGAGGAACAAGUUGACAACCUGAAAAUACAGGCUAACAAUGACAGAGAUCUUGCAGAGAAUGCAUUGCAACAAGCAGGACAGGCCAAACAGACAGCGAAAGAUGCAGCUGACAAAGUGGCUGAUGCUCUUGCUAAAGUUGAGAAUAUCAGCAGCAUUCUAGCAACAUUGAGAGAUCUGGACACUGCUGAGCUUGACAGACUGGAGGUUGAACUAGCAGCAGCAGAACAGACACUUAAAGAUGCAGACCUAGAAUCUCAGUUCAAGAACCUUACUACAGCUAAUGACCAGGUGAAGAUGUUUGUGCAGGACUACAGGCAAGAUCUGUCUGAGCUUGAAGCUGAUGUGAUGAAUGUGAAGGAUAUUAUGGAAUCCCUACCUGAUGGGUGUUUCAAGAAUAUAGACAUUGAGACACCUACAGCCCAGUAACUCACCAGGUUCAUUGUACAGAGACUUUAUAUAUCAUCUUGUACAGAAUAUCAUUGUCUUAAACAAAAGUGUCGCUAUUCUCAUUUCAUUGUAACUGUGCUGACAAAUCUUCACUUGUCCUGUCACACUCGUUGACGAACAUAAGUAAAGACUGAAGAUUUUGCACAAAUGAUGAAAUAUAUAUACACGUAUAGCUACUAGCUAGAGAAGCCAAUUUUAAUUUUGGCAAAAAUUCUGAGAAUUUGUGCUGUUUACAUUAUGUUCAGUAUAAUGCUAGGAUUUAUUGAGGCAUUAGAAAAGAUGUAAAUAUUCCAAUUUUACUCAGUUGUAUACUAGUUGACAGGUGGAGUUUGAAUGAUGCAUUUUAUGUCUGCAUCAUUUCUCUAGUUUGCUUCAGUUUUUGUCAUAAAUAUUUUACAAAUUUUGAUAUAAUCAAGGCUUCAUGCUUUAUUAGAUGAAAAUCAUUUUUAUGAAUGGAAUAUUUUAUAAAAUUGCAAUUGGGUUUCAAGAGUAGAAGUUUUAGUACUUAUAACGUGUGUAACAAAACAAUUUUGUACGAAUAUCUUCCGGUUAUGUAUAAACUGACAUACAUAGAUAUAUUAUUUGCAUGGCCAGUAUAUGUGUAUGUGUACAUAUUUUUUUGAUACUUACAUCAUUGAUUUACUGGUGGGUAAAAUUUCAUAUCUUGUGACAUUAUUAUUAUUACUUUCUAUUUAAUUUUUGGUCAAUAUUUAAAAAAAAAACAAAAAAACAACAUAUAUGCUAUUUAACUACAUUGCAUAAUUCAGUUGUGAUGUCAAAUUUUCUUAUAUUUCUUUUACUCUUAAUGUGCAUAAUUUAAAAUUAUUUUAUCUGAUUAUUUUUUGUUGAUCAAAGAUUUUCAAGUUUGUCAGUAUAAUUCAUUAACUGAAGAUUGAAACACUGUUUAAACCACACAAUUUUUUGUUGUUGAUUUCUCUCAACAUACAAACCCGAAAAUGUGAAGGUGUUCAAGAUCGCUUGAAAUUACCUCCUAAUUAUAUUGUGCAAUUGACCUUACAACAAAUGGAUGAUAUCUGCGCCUUAUUGUAUUUGUCAGGCAUAAGCUUUUUAAAAUAUAUCCUACCAUGUGGCUUGUAAGAUGUCAAUCAGACUUUUCAUUAAAAUUCGGAAUAUACAUAUUCAAAAUUACAGAAGAUUAGUGUUAGGUCAGGUUGAAAACAGACUUGUCAGAAAGGUAUUUGUUCUACACAUUUCCUCGAGGCUUGUAUCGAUCGGGAAAGUCUAAAAUGAGUUGUUUUUGUACAAAUGGUUGUCAUUUUUUUUUUUUAUGUUUUUAUUGAAUAUUUAUACAUACAAGAAUUGUAAAAUUUAACUUUAAACUAACAUAAACUUAUUCUUUCAUCUUGUGAAAGUUUUUUAUCUAGGAUGUUUUUUUAUGAACAAAAGUUUUACAUAGGACCUAUGCAAUAUUUCUGUGAUUGUUUGUAAAAUAUUUUGCUAUCGGUACUGACCCGUGAAUCUCUUACUCCUGACUUGGUAUGAAUACAAGCUGUAGAUGAUGGAAGGAAGGUGUAUGUUUGAUUAAGUCUGGUCACUCUUCAGAAAAUUAUUCUCUUGACUGUAAACUGUUCAAUUAACUAUUGAUCAUGAACUUAGAAACCUAAAUUUAAGUGAAAAUACUGAAAAAUACCAAGAAAAAUUAUGUCUAUAUUUAGUAUGACUUGCCAAAUUAUUGACAGAGAAAAUUGCAGUUGAUAGUAAAUUUCUGUUUCCUUUUUAUUGAAUUAUUUCAGGAGAAUAACUUUGUGAAAAAAUGCACUAGAAUGUAAUAACAUGCUUACUAGAAUUACCAUUAUAUCAUAUAUAACUGUGCCAAAAUUCAUGUUUUGUGUUGUGUCCUUAGUGAAUUAUGCAUUUCUUAAGAAAUUUAUAUAUAUGCUUGUAAUUUUUUAUAGAAAAUUUUGUAUUUUGUAAUAAAUGAAAUAUUUUAAUGUUUUUUAGUUUUAGCUUUAUGAUAAAGACAUCUACAUUUUAGAUUUUUAGAAGCAUUUUGCAACUGAUGCUAAAUUGUUUUUUUUACAAGUUGCACACGGAUAAAGCUUGUAUAAUGUGAAGCAGUCAUAUACUUUUCAUUCUGCUUGUAGUUACCUUAUUUAUCAGUGCAGUGGAUUUUAUCAUCUUUUUGUAGUUUCAGAGUAGACACAAAAUUUAAUACAUUUACAUGUAUCAACUUUCCUUGCCUUUCUCUACCUUUUUAACUAUGUAAAAUGUAAUAUUUCUUUGUUGGGAAGCAGUGAGAAGUCUUGCUGUCUUGUUUUCUUCAUUUCAAGGUAAAUUUCAAAAUGACAGGUUUUUUAUAUUUUUUGUAAGUUAAGACCUUUAAUUUUUAUUAUCGUAGGGUAACAUUGUAGUGUGGUUGUCAGAUAGAACAUAGAGGUGCCAUCUUCAUGAUCUCCAUAGUAACAUACCAGCUUUAUUCUCUCGUACAAAUAGAUUAUAUGUCAUAUCAUUUCAGUGUUAGUAUUGUAAAAAUGAUCACACACCUUGUCAUUCUCAGCUUUUUCACCAGUGAUUGAGAAGUUUUUGACUUAAUUGUGAACAAAAAUACAAUCAAAAUACAAAAAAAAAAUGUAUAUGAAGUGUAAUGAAAGGAUUGAAUAAGUCUCAGAUUUGAAAGGAUUUUACUCAAUUAUCGAGUUUCAUUGGACUUUUCAUGGAAGAUGUUUUAAUUAUUUUUUCAUAUAAAUUUCUGUAAGAUUAAAACAAUUAAUUUUUUAAAUACAUUGUAAGGUUAGUCAGAAAUGCUAAGUGUUAAUAUAUUUUGUGGUAUUCUUGUUCGAAAAACCUACAUUUAAUAAUGUUUAUUUGUUGUAAGUGCACUUCAGAUUAAUGAAAUAUAAUGUGAUCCUGUAUAAAUAGGUUUCAUGUAAAUACCAUUUGUCGUAGGUGAUGUAAAUGCUAGUUGUAUCAUUGAUUUUUUAUUGCUUUGUACUUCUUUUAUUCACAUUUUGUUCUAAUGUAAGUCAUGUGCAUUAGGUAUAUGUCGAUUUUUACAUUUAACACUGCUACUGGGUGAACUCUGCUGAUCUCUCGGUUCUGUCCUUUAAGCAAUGUUGCCAUUCUGGUAAAUGAUUAGUUGAACAUUUGAGAAGUUGGCAAACUGUCCUGUGUCAGGAAAAGAAACUUUCGGACAAAUGUAUUAACCUUUACCCUGCUAAAUUUCUAAAAUGGACUGGUCCAACAUUCAGUUUGGGCAAUACCAUUUAUUACUCAAAGGGGUUUUCACUGAAAACUUACUGACUGAAAAGCGAACAGUGCAGACCAUGAUCAGACUGCAAGGCUGAUCUUGGUCUGCACUGGUCGCAAAGGCAGAAACACUUGCCCCCAGCAGGCUAAAGGUAUUAAUACAGCUCACAGAUGACGCCUAAUUAGCAGUGUUUGUCAAACAUCUGCUUGAUGGCAAUCAUGUAAACUUAUUCCUUCGAUACGUUGAGCUUUUAAAUAGUCUUGCUUUUUUGCUCUUUAAACUUAUAGCAAGUAGUUUAAAAAUGAAAUUGAAGAAAUCCAGAAUGUCAUAAUAGAAAAUCUGCAUAAUCAAACUAAAAUAAAAGCCAGAAAAAUUGGAUUAUAUGAUUUGCUGAGAGGCUUUCAGUCCUUUUCAUUGGUAAAUAUCUUGUCCUGAACAUGUCAUUUCUUAUGAUUGCAUGCUAGUCAAAGACUGGGAAGAUUAAAGUUUCCUGUUUGUGGAUUUUGUAAGCACCCUUGAAUUAUUUUGUGGUUUUUUUAGACAGAACAAUAUUAAGUUCAUGGUAGCAGCAAGGCGGUUGAAUAAGUAAUUGAAGUUGUCUUUGUAAUGUUAUAGUUUUACCUUGCUGCAGCAACACAUCAGGUUUUCUGUUAACAGUUGUGUAUGAAUACAUUGAAUAUUUACCUAAGUAAACACACAAUUCAAGGUAUCAUUGUUCACUUUAAAAUUCCUGUUUCAAUUCAAAUUAGCUUUCUAUGUUUGAAUUCAGGUAUAUUAUUUCUUCAGUAACGGCUAGCAUGCAUACACUUGUUACAAAAAAAGAGAAGUAAGGGUGGUGCUAUACCUAAAUAGUUUUGUUGUCAUUUAUAUUUAUUUUAUACAAGUAUAAGUGUAUUAGUACUUUAACUGAAUAAAUGUAUAAUAAAUUGUAUUUAGUCUUUUGUAAUAGUCAAAUACAUUUACUUUUUAUUUGUAAAACAGUACAUAGAUACUUGAUAUAUGGCGGUGUUUUAGAAUAACAGACACAAGAUGUGUUCUUCUCCAAAUCUUCUAGUAAAACAUUUUUGAUUUACAUAUUUAUUCACAGUCCUCUGAAAAGUGGUUAAUUAAUAAUUGAUAAUAAAUUAAAUUGUUUGAUGUGAUAAAUCUUAACUUUUCUACAAAUUGUUUACUGGUUUCGAAAUAUAAGCAGUUUGAUAGUUUCUAUAAGGUCUCAAUAUAUGUAAACACGGUCACUCAAAGUCUACCUCUUACAAAAUGUUAAGUGGACAUUAUAGUCUCUGGUAAACAGAUGCCACCAGAAACACUGAAAAGUGUGUGUUUGAAAGAAAACAUCUGCUAUAAUGGGUUGCUUUUUGAUGUUGACUUUGGUUUUACUGUAUCACUAGGAACACAUAUUCUUUCAAAUAUAAACUAAACCUCAAGUGAAAGUGUAAGGGAAAACUCAUGAUAACUAUGUUAGCUUUAAACUCAUUUCCCUGUCUGAAAUUUUGUAUUAAAAUAAACCAUUGUUAAUAUGUU